ACCUUCACUGAUGGAUGAUCUCUGUGAAGCAAAUGGCACUUUUGCUAUCAACUUAUUAAAACUGCUAGGUGAGAAGGACAACCUGCGAAACGUGUUCUUCUCUCCUCUGAGCCUCUCCUCUGCCCUGACCAUGGUCUUAAUGGGGGCCAAAGGAAACACUGCGGCGCAGAUGUCCCAGGCACUUUGUUUGAACAAAGGUGGAGAUAUUCACCAAGGAUUCCAGUCACUUCUCAUGGAAUUGAACAAAUCUGGCCCUCAGUACUUGCUCAGAACUGCCAACAGACUCUUUGGGGAAAAGACAUGUGAUUUCCUGCCAGCUUUUAAGGAAUCCUGCCAGAAGUUCUAUCAGGCAGACCUGGAGGAACUGAACUUUUCUAAAGACACUGAAGAAUGCAGGAAACACGUAAAUGACUGGGUGACGGAGAAGACUGAAGGUGAGAGAUUUUCAUUUCAGGAGAUGUGGUAUGUAUUUCUGGUGUAUCUGUGGGGAGGAAGGCGAUCUCCGCGUCUUACUCUUCCGCCAUCUUCAAGGUCCCCCCUAAUGUUGUAUUCUUAUUAGGAGAAGAAGACAGUGCAGAUGAUGUUUAAGCAAGCUAAACUGAAAAUGGGGUAUGUGGAGGAGGUGCACGCCCAGGUCCUGGAGCUGCCCUACGUGGAGGGGGUGCUGAGUAUGCUCAUUUUACUGCCUGAUGACAACACAGAUCUCGCUGUGGUGGAAAAGGCACUUACAUAUGAGAAGUUCAGAGCCUGGACAAAUCCAGAAAAGCUGACUAAGGAUAAAGUUCAAGUUUUUCUUCCCAGAUUAAAGCUGGAGGAGAAUUAUGACUUGGAGGCUUUUCUUCGAAAUUUAGGAAUGACUGAUGCUUUUGAGGAAGCCAAGGCCGACUUUUCUGGAAUGUCAGCCAAGAAGAACGUGCCCAUGUCCAAAGUCGUGCACAAGUGCUUUGUAGAGGUCAACGAGGAGGGCACGGAGGCAGCUGCGGCCACCGCGGUGGUCAGGAACUCCCUGUGCAGCAGAACUGAGCCAAGAUUUUGUGCAGACCACCCUUUCCUUUUCUUCAUCAGGCACCAUGAAACCAACAGCAUUUUGUUCUGUGGCAAGUUCUCUUCUCCAUAAAGAGCUGCAGUCGUUGUACGUCACUCUGCCUACCCUGCCUUACUUCAAAUUCCCUGUGACCAAAUUGAUGUGGUGGUUUGAAUGCCAAAAUAAAGUGUAAUUAUGAUAACAGGA